GCUCCAGCAAAGAGGAUGCCCUCUGCUUCCCACCUCUGCUGCUCUCUGCCGGCUUUUAUCAUUUAUGGUUUAGUUUUCCACGUUCACGAGCUGCAUUCAGCGUUGCUCAAUGUGACAGGAACCCCCGGCCCCAUCACCGUGGCCAUGGGCAAGGAUGUGGUGUUGCCCUGCCGCUUCUCCCUGGAGCACAGCACGCAGGACAUCGAGGUGACGUGGUUUCGGGAACACUUCUCGCCCUUUGUGCAUCGCUACAAGGGGGGGCAAGACCUGUACGGGGAUCAGAUGCUUCAAUACCAAGGACGCACUGAGCUGCUAAAGAACGGCCUCGCCAACGACAGCGUGGACUUGAAAAUUUUCCGUGUCCAACUGUCUGACAAAGGGAAUUACACCUGCUUCGUUCUCCAUGGCCUGGAAUACGACGAGGCUGUGGUGGAGCUGAGGGUGACAGCCGGCGGCUCUGCCCCGCUCAUCGCGCUGGAGCGCUACGAGGACGGGGGGAUCCGGGUGGCCUGUCGCUCGGCCGGCUGGUACCCGCAGCCCCAGGUGCUGUGGCAAGAUCCCCAGGGGCAGCAUCUCCCAUCCCUCUCAGAAAAUGUUACCCAGGACAAGAGCGGACUCUUUGCAGCAGAGAGCAGCAUAAUCUUCACCAGAGGUGGGAACCAGAAGCUUUCCUGCCGGGUCCGACAUGCCCUGCACAGCCAAGAGCAGGGAUCGGCGUUUUACAUAUCAGAUCCCUUUUUCCACAACGCCCAGCCUUGGAUGACCGCCCUGAGUGUGGUCCUGGUUGCUGUAGUCGCUCUCUUUAUUAUUGCUGUUUACCUGUGUAAACUGAAAGGAAAACACGAGAAAAAAAUAGCGAUGCAGGCGGCAGCACUGCGGGAACGUGACGCAGAAAUUGAGAAGCAAGCUGAUGAACUUGCGUGGAGAAAAUACGCAGUGCCUAUAGAAGAAGUGAAGGUGGUUCUGGAUCCAGACACAGCCCACUGCGACCUUGUCCUGUCCCAGGACUGCAAAAGUGUGAAACGAGAAGACACGCUGCAGGACAUCCCCGACAUCCCUCAGAGAUUUAACCCGUGGCGCUGCGUGCUGGGCCGCGAAGGCUUCACCUCGGGGAGACACUACUGGGAGGUGGAGCUGGUGGAUGGGGGAGGGUGGACUGUGGGGGUCUCUAGAGAAGAUGUGAAAAGGAAGGGAGAUAUUGAGUUUAAACCCGAGGAGGGCAUCUGGGCGGUGGGGAAGUGGGCGGGGAACUUCCAAGCUCUCACGUCCCCGAAUCGCACUCUCCUUCCUGAAAUCCAGACUCCCAAGCGGGUCCGGGUCUCCCUGGAUUACGAAGAGGGACGGGUGGCAUUUUUCAGUGUUGACGAGGAGAUUCCCAUCUUCACGUUUCCAUUGGUGUCAUUCGAAGGGAUAAGAGUCCACCCUUGGGUCUGGCUGGGUCCUGGGACGUGGCUCAAAAUGUGGCCCUGAUGGAGGGAGGGAAGUAAGAGAAAACUUUUUUAGGGGACCUCAGGAGUUCAGACCCACAGAAGGAUUUAGGUUAGACGGGACUUGUGGAGGUUUCUGUAGCAGGCACGUGCUCGCAGCAGGACUAACCCCGGAGCUGCUGAAGGUGUGUUUGGGCCUCGUUCAGCUCAAUCGUGUGGGAUCUCCAAGGGGGGAGAUCUCGUCACCUCUCCGAGCCCCUCUCCUGGCGCUACACCUCUCUCAAGGGGAAGAAUCGACCCUUUACGUUUGGUCAGAGUUUCCCCAGCUGCAGGUGACUGUCACCCUUCAUCCUCGCUCUUUACCUGUUGAACAACACCUCCACCGAGAAGGCAUUCCUGCAGCAGGGAUUGCUUUUUAAAUGUACGGAAUAAAGUUACUUCAGUGGGA